GUUGUAAAAUCCAUCCGCCCUUGAAAAUGUUGAAACAUGAGUUUUCCAGACAUGAAACAUCACAAUCUUCGAACCUAAUCCCAGUUGAUGUACUCAUCGAUAUACUUACUCGUGUUCCGGCAAAGUCUAUAGCUAGGUUUCGUUGCGUAUCUAAAUUCUGGGCAUCAUCCAUACUCCGUCGUCGUGAUUUCACUGACUUGUUUCUGACUAUGUCUUUGACUCGUCCACGGCUCUUUUUCCCCAUAAGAUCUGAUGGCAAGUUGUUCCUCUACUCUACACAUCAGCCUCAUAAUCCAGAUGAUGAUGAUGACUCUUCCCUUGUAGCCACCCCUUACCAUACGUCUUUUCCCGAAUAUUUUCCAUGUGAUAUUUAUUCACCGGUCUGUGGAUUGGUCCUGCUUCAGGGAUGCGAAAGAAAGGUGCGGGUGGUCUGUAACCCUGCCACGGGAGAGUUCCUAACCUUGCCCAAAGUGCUUCUGAAAGAAAAGACCAAACUGAUCACAGCACAAAAAAAGAAAGAGAAGAUUGCGAGAAUGUAUUUGGGCUAUGAUCCGAUGAGCAAACAGUUCAAAGUGUUGUGUAUGACUACGAACUUUUCACCUUUUGAUGUUAGAGACAACACUCAUCAGGUUUUGACAUUGGAGUCUGGAAAAAAACGUGUAUGGAGAACUAUCGAACGCAAAUUCCAUUUUGAGGAAAGCUAUAGAAUAAGUGGUGAUAUAUGCAUAAAUGGUGUUUUGUAUUUCGCAGCUGCGUUGGGACUAUCUUCUAUGAUAGUAUGCUUUGACAUUGGGUCUGAGAAGUUCAGCUUUAUCAACACAAACAAUGACAUGGAACGAGGGCAUUAUCAUAGUAUGUAUUCUUUUACUUUGUUCAACUACAAAGGUAGAUUAGGUAUAUAUCAUGAGGAGGAUUCGUGGUAUCAAAUUGGUAGGAUUGUGUUUUGGGUUCUAGAAGAUGCUGAAAACCAUAAAUGGUCCAAGCAUAUCUACAAACUGUGUCCUUUGGAGUGGAACUUUAUCAGAUAUAGCAUGUUUGUUGGAAUGGCUGGUACAGGUGAAUUUGUGUGGUCGUCGUCAUACAAAGAUUCACCAAACUCUUUCUACCUUAGUUUCUACAGUUUGGAAAGUGAAACUUUUACAAAAGUCAAUAUUCAGGGAUUUGACGAGCUUAAGCAGCAUCAUCGUUUUAUAUCGACCUAUCUAGACUAUGUGGAGAAUGUGAAGUGGCUCAUUUCAGACAAGCCAUUGCCCAGAGCACCUCAAAACGAUGCAGCUUCAAGAAGCAAGAAGCCCAAGUCCACUCAAACCCGUCUUGUCGGAAAGCGCAAUUCUAUUCAGAAACCUUCUCCAACGGUUCUAUCAGUCAAGGACAAAAACAGAGCAUGGCAGGAGAAGAGCAGAGGAAAGAGGAUAGCGACGUCAAGUAUGGGAACGCCUGGUGGUCCUGCAUUGUCCAACCGAUUUGCAGCCCUUGAUUCACUAGAGGAUGCAGGAUGAUACCACAUGGUCAUGUAAGAG